GCCCAAAGUUUGCCGCCUUCUAUUACUUCAAGUUAGUAUCAGUUCUCUUCUCUAGAUCGCAUGGAGUUCCAAGUGAUUCAUAAAUGCCCUACCACUCGCGCUCGCGUCUCACGCAUGGUCUUGGCUCAUGGGGAAACCGUUCUCCCUACGUUUAUGCCCGUAGCAACUCAAGCAGCAAUAAAAGGCCUCACGCCGGAGCAAGUAGAGUCAUUGGGAAUCAGCCUCAUCUUGAACAAUACUUAUCAUCUCAAUCUACGGCCUGGAGUUGAUGUUUUGAAAGUCGCUGGGGGAGCCCAUUUGUUCGAAGGCUGGAGACACAAUAUGCUCACUGAUAGUGGAGGAUUUCAACUCGUUUCUCUGAGCAAGUUCACUACAAUCACGGAGGAAGGAGCCGUGUUCUCAAGUCCAUUUAAUGGAGAGUCCACUAUAUUGACACCAGAAGAAAGUAUCUCUAUCCAGCAUGCAAUAGGUGCCGAUAUCAUCAUGCAACUUGACGAUGUGGUGCCUAGUCUUCUUCAAGGUCCACGCGUUGAAGAGGCAAUGAAGCGGUCGAUAAGAUGGCUAGAUCGUUGUAUACAACAGCACGAGUCUGCAGGAAGAAAGGACGCGCAAAAUUUAUUCGCAAUAGUACAAGGAGGGUUAGACCCAAAUCUUCGCGACAAGUGCCUAGAUGGUAUGUUGGAACGUAAGGAUCGAGUAUCAGGUUAUGCGAUUGGAGGUUUAUCGGGAGGGGAAGAGAAAGAUGUUUUCUGGAAAAUAAUCAAACAGUGUGCAGAUAGACUACCGGAAGAUCGACCGCGCUAUGCUAUGGGAAUCGGCUUUGCUGAAGAUCUUCUCGUCUGUAUAGCGCUGGGCAUUGACAUGGCAGAUUGCGUUUUUCCAACGAGGACAGCUCGAUUUGGAGUUGCUCUGACGCAUACUGGGCCGAUUAAUUUGAAAUUGGGAAAGCAUGCGAAGGAUUUCGACCCUAUAGAUUCCACAUGUCCUUGCCCAACCUGUAAAGAUGGCACUUCGCGAGCCCUUCUACACCAUAUCGUCACACACGAAACUACAGCGGCGCACGCUUUAACCAUACACAAUAUCGUCUUCCAAGCGCAAGUGAUGGGUCGAGCUCGAGAAGCUAUCAUAGCUGGCACUUUUCCUGAUUAUCUCCUGUCUUUCUUUGCUGGUUAUUUUGGAGACCGUGGUUACCCUGAGUGGUGCGUAGCAGCACUCCGGAGCGUUAAUGUGGACCUACUCCAAAAUUCCAAAACACCUAUGGUGCCAGGAGGUGGGGCAAAAUGGGAGUAUUCUGACGCGGCCUGAUAAUAUA